ACAAGCCGAAUUGAAACACCUGGGAAACAAAUCACAAUCAAAAUUUAAUGGAGUGAAAUAAGAAGAAUUUUGUUCAACUUUCCGUUUUUAUUCAAAAUUCCAAAUUUGGUUUGAGUUCCUCCUUUUCUUUUUGAGUUUUCUAAAUUUCCAAAUCCUAAGUUUUCAAAAAUGAGAGAAGUAAUUUCAGUUCAUAUCGGCCAAGCUGGAGUCCAGAUCGGUAACAAUUGUUGGGAAUUGUACUGCAUCGAACAUGGCCUCGAUGCCUCGGGAGGUCUCUAUGAUAAAAUGGACGGCGGAUACCCCAUGUCAUCCGAACUCGGCCAUUACAGAAGCCGUGGAGAAAUGUCGAUGACAAGUUUCGGAAAUGCCGGAUUCUCGUCGUCUCAUUCCUCUUGCGAUUUCCCACCGAAAGACGACAUGACAUCGGACGGCUUCGGCUCCUUCUUCAUGGAAUCUUCCGACGGCUCGUACACGCCCAGAGCGCUCAUGGUCGACCUCGAACCCACCGUUAUCGACGAAGUGAGAACGGGGCCGUACAAGAAGCUCUACGCGCCAAGUUAUUUGGUCUCGGGGAAUGAAGACGCGGCAAACAAUUUCGCCAGGGGUUAUUACACGACGGGAAAAUCCAUACUGGAACGCGUUAAAGACCCGUUAAUUAAAAUGGCUGAAUCCAGUGAUAAGCUUCAAGGAUUCAUGAUGUAUCACUCAUUCGGAGGUGGAACUGGGUCUGGCUUCCACAGUCUUCUAUCUCAAGAGUUAAGUAACGAAUUUCCCAAACUGAGCAAAAUCGAAAUCGCCGUCUUUCCUUCGCCAAUGAUGUCAACAGCAGUUGUUGAGCCUUAUAACACGGUUCUUACAAAUAGUUCAACUUUGGAUAAUACGCAAUGCGUGUUUUUGGCCGACAACGAAGCCAUGUACAACAUAUGUCAGAAACGCCUGGACAUCGACAGCCCAAAUUACAGGAAUUUAAAUAGGCUUCUCGCUCAGACAGUGAGUUCGAUCACGGCGAGUCUUAGGUUCAAAGGGACGUUAAACACAGACUUUUCGGAUUUUCAAACCAACUUGGUCCCCUAUCCGAAAAUACAUUUUCCGAUAAUGAGCUACGCGCCGAUAACAAGCGUGAAAGCUUCGGCUCACGAGACCCAGUCGGUUUCGACGAUGACGAACAACUGCUUCGACGACAGCCACAGGUUGAUGCGAUGUCCCGUGGACGCCGGCCGCUACAUGUCCUGCUGUCUACUCUACCGGGGUGACAUCACGCCGAAAGACGUCAACGCUGCUAUAGCGCAGGCCAAGCUGAAGAAAACUGUCAAAUUCGUCGAAUGGUCGCCGACCGGCUUCAAAGUCGGAUUGAACGGAAGCAGCCCGAGCACCUUUCCCAACUCCGACAUUACUCCGUCCCGUAAAGCGAUUUGCAUGAUGUGCAAUUCAACCGCUAUUAGGGAAAUUUGGGCUCUUUUGAAUUUUAAAUUCAACCUCAUGUUGGAGAAAAAAGCUUUCAUACACUGGUACCACGGGGAAGGGAUGUGCGAACAGGAAUUUUACGACGCCCAGGAAAAGAUCCUCGGAUUAGAACAAGAAUACUUAACAAUGCAAGACUGAGGUUGCAUAUUUUAACUCUAAUAAAUACAAUUUUACUGAAAUGUAUAAAAA